GGGCCGAAAGCAAAGCGCGCGGCAGACGGUCUUCGCGCGCCGAGCUAUCUGGUUGGCACUCGCGUCGAGUCGGGACACUUACAUUCGAAUUGACGUUUGUUAAGUCCUGUCGAUCUCUUUCUUCCUUUCCCCGUUCUCCCGAGAAAAAGAGAAAAGUUUCCGGCUACACCGUGUCUUCACGCGACCCGCGCUCGCGACGUACCACGAGCGACCAACGAGUUUUUUUGUGCUCCGUCCGUUCCGAAACGCGCGGUCAUCGAGGUUUCAUCGCUGCAAAACAGCAAAAAGGAAGUUAGACAGUGGGUUUUUUUGUGAUGUGCAUCAGAUCUACGAGCCACCUCGAGAUGACGAUCAUCGCCUGGGUCUGCCUCGUCGCGCUGUUGUGUUCAACGGCUGUUAAAGCAUCGAAAUCAAAUAUGGCCGUGGACAUCGAGCCAAAAAACCAGGUCGCGGUGCGACUCGGCGAGAGUCUACAGAUUUUGUGCAGAGUCAGUAAACCUUUGAAGGUGUGCCGUGUCGAGAUACCUGGCGAGGCGGGUGGCAUGGUGCUGUCCACGGGGCAACUGCCGGAAGACGGUAUCGGAUACUACGGCGACGGCACCGAGAUGGGCCAAUGCGGGGUUCGCAUCGAGAAGAUCAAGGAGAGCCACGACGGCUUAUUCAAGUGCACUCUGACUACCAACGACAUCCGACAGGAGACACAGGCGUCCGUGAGGAUCAUCGUUGCCAAAGCACCGAACGAUCCCGAACUCAGCAUGAAUCCUGGACACUACGGUAGAACGAUCUACAGAAAGGGUGAGAAACUGGAAGUAAGUUGUAGUGCCCCAGGCGGAAGGCCAGCAGCCAACGUUUCAUUAUUCCUUGACGACGAACAGAUUGGUAACGAGGAAAGGCCAACGAUCUACGAUUCAAACGUGAACGACAACUCGUUAGCAGUGCAAAACGCAUCGCGCAGUUUGGAUUGGACUGACAACGGCAAGACUCUCCGAUGCGUCGCUACUCACAUCGCACUUAACCAGCCUAAGGAGAGAACUCUGCAGUUGCAAGUAUACUAUCCUCCGCAGCCGCAGCCGACCAUCGAGCGUUUCGGAUAUGUGAUUGGACGUCAGGGGAUUGUGAACGUAACCAUUUACGCGAACCCAAGGCCUCACUUCUUAUGGCGAGUGAACCAUGAAAAGAUCGACGAGGGUCGUCCCGAUGAAAGCAACCGGCUCGAAACCUCGACCGCCGUCGAUUUGGGAAAAGGAGCGUGGAGCGUGAUCCUCACCAUAGACAGCGUCCAGAAAUCCGACACGGAGAAGGAGUACAUCCUGGAAGCCCGCAACGACGAAGGAACUAAAGAAUACACUAUCGUUUUGUCAACUUCCACAGAACCCGCAGGCGUUGAUUUAGAUGCUGGUUCUAUCAUCGGAAUCGUGGUCGGCGCCCUGGUGCUGCUUCUCGUCGUUUUCCUACUCAUUUUCGCCCGCGCGACCGGACGCUGGUGCUUCGCAGCGAGGCGUGGGGGCGACGAGGAAGCUGCGAGCGGUGUCGGCGCCGGAAGCGAGGCGCACAUCACCCCUGGAGACGAGGACGAAGAGGAUCACGAGGACCCCCGCAUCAUCGAUGAGAAGAUACCGCAGGGCGGCCAAGAGAAUCCGAUACACGCGAGCAACGAAUACGUGAACGGCUGCACGGACCUCAAGGAGCAGAAGAAGGACGAGAAGACGGACACGCCCGUUUAAACGGCGCCUGUUUGUCCAUCGCGCGCGCGACGGUCGGCCCUUCUUCAAACCGCGGAAAUAAGCUGUCACCAUCGCCACCCUGUUCGCUCGGUUCUACGACCCCUUUGCGCUCUUCCUUUUCUUACCAACCCCGAGAAACAUCUUGCUCGAUGCGUUUCUUCAAGGUCACCGGAUGACGAGCCGAACGAUCCCCGAGCCACUGCUAGGAGAUCACUUGAUGGUUAGGAUGACAAACUCGGCUGAUCGAUCACUUUUCGUUUUUCUCACCCGAUUUUCUAAUACUUUUGUAUUCUGAUUCCUGAUAUUUUCGAUCACUAAUUUACUAUUCAAUCACACGCAACCAAUCAAAACUAUAAAACUGUAAACUGGAAGGACACCUCUUCUACAUGUCCUCUUCCGCUAGACAUUGAGUCAUCUCCUAACUGUACGUUUUCGCGUGGGAUUUAGCACAUUGCAGUUUUGCAGUUUAUAUAUAUAUAUAUAUAUAUAUAUAUAUAUAUAUAUAUAUAUAUAUAUAUAUAUAUAGUAGGACUCCUUGUAACCGCGAUUAAAAAGUUACUGGAAAAUAACGUACAAUGAUAACAUACGAGCAGAGGAAAAGAUUGGAAUAGUUGCUAAAAGGAUGUCGGUGGAAGUUAGGGAAAUUUGAAAUUUCUAUGAUUGAGACAUUUUUUGAUUGUGAUUUAUGGGGUACUACUGUAUUCAUUGUUUUCCGACGAAUUGUCGAUGAUAUUUGCUAUUGAAAGAAAAUCUUGUAAUGCAUCAGAAGACAGGUUUAUUUUAUUUCUUUGUUUCGUAAUAGUUUUAACGAAUUUUCAAUUUUAUAAUUUUGCUAUUCAUCCUCGAAGGAUUAACACUUUAGAAAACAAAAAUGUAUUGCACUAUUGGAAAAAUAUUUUACCUUAGGACAUUCGAAAGUGUCUUCUUUGAAGUUUGAUGGUUCAAAGAGUAGGACUCCCGAGUUGACACGUAAAGUGUAUUGUAAUUGUUUAUUUAUUUAUGGUUACUUAGUAGUCGCUGAUACGAUAUCAGUGUAAUCGAUCAGGUUAGACUGUAACGAGAAGAGAGCAGCUAGGAAGGGUUUUCUUUUAUUAUCUCUUUAUUUUAUAUUUUAACUGUAAAAUUAGUAUUCUUAAUAUUUAUUUCAGCGUGUGAGGCAUUGAGAUUAAGAAACUAGGUUUUUACGUUGAGCGUGCCUAAUUAUUACUGCGAAGAAGUUUGACAAUUUCUUCAAAAACAUAGAUUAUAUAUUAUAAAAUGACAAAUAAAACUCGUGGACAACUUGAAACAUUCCUUCUAUAAAAUUAAAUUAUCGCAUUCAUAAUGUUAAAUAUUUUCUACCUUGUAAUAACGUAACGCAAAUUAUCGAUUUUAUUGUACCAUUCACACGUCCAUUACCCGUUACAAUUACCAUGCACGAGCAAUUAAAAUAGCUUCACAUCAAUCUUCUCCGCAAGAAAGCCUCAUCAUGAGUAGUCAAACCUUUUUGCAGUCACCGUGAAAAACUUAUUACACGUUUAAUGACCAUUCCGGGGAACGUAGUUACCAUAAAUUGGUGUCAGUGCCAUUCUGUCCCAGUGUAAAACUUAAUUGUCAUCGAUCUUUGUGCACUGACAAACAUCCGAUUCACCUUUGGAAGAAACACAAGCAUCGAGUCAUAUCAAUCUCCGCCAGCUAUUUUCGAUGAACAUUCGACCGACGGACUUUGUUCGUCGAGGAAAUAGUCUGACGUGCAAUUUCUCGUGAUCCGUCGACCGGUCGAGAUUAUUCUCAAUCAACGAGAAGCGCAAAGGGUUCCGGGAAACCGAUCGUCGCCGAGGAUUAUAAGUCCUCGCACGCUCACGUGAUCCUCCCCCGCCUCGAAUCUCAAUAGUUUAAGAAGGACGAGUCCCGUAAUUAUCCCCGUAUUAAUUUAUUAUUAACAAGACGACUAUACGAGUGUCCAGUAUUCGAUUCACAGAUCCGCGUAGCAAAGCGAACGACAUAGAAAUUCGAUCGAAGAGGACAAAAUGGGAACGAAAUAGAAAUUUUCGUUAAGGUCCGAUGAUUGACCCUCGUACGCGACCCUUUAUUUUUCUACGAUUCUUCGUCCCUUCGAUGCACUAUCAAUUCUCCCGGGCGAUCCACGAUCGAGAACCCACAAUCGACGUGUCCCCCAACGCCCUCGAUCCCACCGCGACCAUUCGCGUUCUCCAUGUUCGUCACGGUGUAAGUUUUGUAAAUAGGAACAGAGAACACAAAGCGGCGGCGCUAUCUUCUUCACGCGCGAAGAUCACGCCGGGGAAAUUCGCUUGGAUCAAGAUACGAUACAACACUUGAACACACUCUACUGUAACGUCGUACGGUCGUUGAUUCUUGAUUCUUUGAGGAAUGUCAGCUGAUGCAUCAAAUUUGCGAUGAGUUGCUUGUUACAGUGGAACCCUUUGCUUCUCUGAAUUGACCGUUCUGCCAAUGGGUUUAUUGGCAACUAUUCAUUAUUAUCGUUACAGCUGGAUUUAUUAAGAAGUUUAUGCAAGUUAAUUACAGAAGAGAUAUAACCCAUAAAUAAGGGUUUUGAUUUAUUCUGUUUGUAAAGUGGAACAAUCGUGAUGGAAAGCUAACGAAAGUUCUGCUCCUCGAAGUUCCAGGGAACAGAAAUUAUUAACUCCUCACUUUAUAAUAUUGUUAUUGGUAUUUUACUGAAUGGUAUUUUAACCUGCAACCUCGUUUCAUUAUGAGAAAAUAUUAAUGAUGUAACAGCUGUUGAUAAUCAUAAAACUUAAUUCUAACUUAAAACUGUACUUCGAACAGUAAAGGUUCCACUGUAUCAAAAUCGAAUAGCAAGAUUGUUUCCCGUAAAAUUCACUGCAAAUUGCAGUCGUUAUCAGGUGAACCUCGAAGGAUCAAGGAUCUAGAGACUGCUAAAGUAUAUCGUUUAAGAAGCAAGUGUUCAUGAACUGUCCUCAAAAUGUACCGUUCUACGCUAGAAAAAGGAAUAGCCGGUUCUUCAGCGAACACUUUCGUACGAGCUCUGCGACUUUCUUCUCUGCGCAAUCAAAUGAAAAUCGAGUCUCAGAACAUCGGACCCUGUUCCCCUUUGGUACUAAGCCAAAUGCACGCGAAAGGUUCGCGGGAAAAUGUCGCGGCCGCGCGUGUUUUGUACAAAUAAAUACUUAAAGUUUUCUUAUCCUUCGUUUUUCCGAGACAGAAAAACUUUGUUUCUCUGUUACUCCGAAACAAUCGGCGCUGCGACAUUUUCGUGUGUAUCCGACCUUAGGGAAUCAGGAGUUCGACUCGAAUUCUGGAUACCGAGGCGACGAUCACCGCUUCAACCCUACAGUAAACGCCUCCAUCUUGGACGCGCAGCUCGUAGCAGCUAUUAACGAGAUUUAAUUAAGCGAACGAUGACGGGAGGACGAUCGAGGUUCUCACCACGACAUGAAAUACUCACGUCAGCAUAAACAAAUCAAAUUUUGUAGUCGAGGUUUCUCUAAAAGACACUUCAAUGUCGGCGGUUGGGGAGGGGGGAACGAAACAAACUAUCAUUGACCGCGUUUGCACGUUAAGUUCCAUCUCUCCGUGGCUUUUGAAUACUUUCAAGGUUUCCUUAACCGUUGACAAUUCGUAUCAAAAUGAAAAUUUCAGCGUUUAAAUUUCAUUCACUCAUGUAAAUUUGAAUUAAAUUUGGAUUAAAGCAUUGACGCGUAAGAUUGUGCUUUUAGUAACUGUAGUUUAUUGUCUUGAAUCAAAAAAUUACGCAUAUUAGUAAUGAAAGAUUGAUUUUCAUCGUUGAACAAUCAGGUAUACAGGAUUAUUUUAUUCGAGAGCCUUUCCAGUGGUGGUCGACGGAAAAGAAUUAUUGCCGCGGAGAGGAAAAAGUGCUUCACAUGCAGAUGCAAGGAAAACACCAUUAAUAUCGCGCCGUCACAACGUUCAAAGACAAACGAACACAUUCCACGAUGUAGCUUUCAUUCAUAGCCAGGCCUUUUCCCCUCUUUUCCUUUUCUUGUCAUCGAAGCGCGCGUGCUGACUGACGUGUGAUCGUAUCGCCUUUUGUAAUUUAGAAGGUUUCUCGGACAGUAUUAUUUAGAUCGGAGUAUAAGGCCGUGCCGUUUCCCGUUUCCGAUUCUAGGGUGGCUGGUACCGCGACACCGUCAUGACACUUUCCCCGUCAAUCGCGGUGUUAUCGACGAAUCGAACGAAAACUAUCCAACGAUGAUGUUCCCUCAUCUCGAACGAUUUACGAUUAAAACAAUCCACGGAAGUCUACGGAAAUUUCGAACGGAAUCUCACGAUCGUCAACCCUUCGGAUUACGUUCGUCUUCGAAUCAUUCGUGUUGUUGCCGCAGUGUUUUUAACGAGAUUUUAAAUGUCGUUUUUUAAACGAUUUUAUUCGCAAACGAAACUUCGAUUUUAAACGAGUUUUUAAAGAGAUUUCUAUUGCCGCAGGCAAGCUACGGAUGCGUGUGAUAAUUUCGAAUGUGUCGUGCAACGAUGCAAUAACUUUAGAUAAAGAGAGUCGAAUAUAGAGUAGAAAGCAUAGCAUGUUUACUUGAGACCUCUUUCUCUUGAAAGUGGAAUUAAACAUUCAUACUCAUUGCACAUGAUAACAUUAUGCAUUUCUUCUUGGAGUCUCGUUUCACCAUCUUCCAUAUCGUUGAAAAAUCUAUCUUUUAGGAAUAUACAAAUGGAACAUCUUGCAUGGAAACAAUGGUUGUUCCUUCUGUUUUAUGAGAUGUUUAUUAUAAAAUAUAUUAAAAGAAUUGAGUAUAAGGUAAACAGUAUUCAAGGGACUAAUUUCGAACCGAAGGGUUAACGUAACACGUAAAGCGACAGUUUCGAAACCGUAACACAUUUAACAAUCACAGACUUUCCAUUCAGCAUUUAAUUGUAAGCCGCGAUCGUUAUGAUUCACUUUAGUCAGAGACUCAUCCAUCCGCCGCGCACCUAUUUUAUAUCUUCGAGUUAAGACGAAGACUGGAAACAUUCCACGGAUACCAAGACUUUUUACCAAGAACAGUUUUAUAGAUCGAAUUUACAAAUUUACCGAGUAUUACGACCAAUACUAUCCUCGCUACUCGACUGCGCGUACUAUGUAUUUAAUGUUUUAUCUUCGCGUGGUUAGAGUAACGAAAUUCUUCGCUGUGGAAAUUCUUUAGGCAGCUAGCUUCAAUCUUCAUUCUUAAUUGGUCUCCUUGUGUCAAAUCAAUGCGACAAUAAAAAAGAUCAACAUAAUCAAAAAAUGAAUAGUCAAAUUUUCAGAUUUGAAAUUUAAAAAUUUCUGAUAUUAAAUUUAUAACAUUUAUUUUAAGUAAAGUCGUUCUUAUAAUCGGUGUUUCGAUAGAGAUUGUAAAUCAAGCGUUUAAAAUGGACAAACUAAAAAUUUUACCACAGAAAAUGAAGUAUUGAAAAAUUCUCUUUUCAACGAAAUAUUAUUUAAAUUUCUAAAUUCGCAGUGAAUAAAUGAUAAAUCGAUGCACAAGGGCUGGCUGCUCUUUCGCGUUUAUCGGCACGUGUUGAAUUGACACGGGGUGACGCAUGGAGGUUGAUAUCGAUAGGUUCGUUCGCCCCGAGGCCAAGUCUGACAUUUUCCCUUUCGUUCGCGACGGAAAUAGUAUUCGCAAAGUAUUCUCGCUUCAUUGACCUUUUAACCCCUUGGCUUAUAAUAUCGCGUCAGACUCGUGGUGAAGAUUUCAAACACCAUUUAACAAACAUAUGUUAUCCGAUUUUUUGAAUUUAAAUUAAAUAUUAUUUUCCUGUUAUUAAUCACUCUAUCUUAGAACAAACAUGAACAUAGAAUAUACCUAAAAUUUUUCUCAUUUUUUUCAAUAAAUUAUUACGCGUUUGAGUGUUAGGGGUCUCUGCAAAAACCUAGUCGUUUCAGUUUAAAAACUGAAUUACGCUUUUCUAUUUUUACAUAGAAAAUUUCGAAAUAAUACGAUCGUUAUAUGUCUCCAUUGAUAGGCAGAUAAUAACAAGAAUCAGAAUAACUAAUUAGAAGGAGAACAAAUAAAUAAAUUUACUUUGAUUUUACGAACCGAUAGGCGGGCACUUUUAGAACGGAGAAGCGUGAUCGCGUCGCUUGUCACUCAAACGGUUAAUGACAAGAUUACAGCGAUCAAAGUAUAGAAAGAAACCAUAGGGCAAGGGGUUAAAAGGAUUAUAAAGGGACGCGUUGCGUUUUCCGCUAUGCCGUCCUUUCUACUGUUUCUCGAGCGCCAUUUCGAUCGAUACAUUUUACUUUUCCCUUCGUUCGAUGCACGAGAGGACAGAUUUAACAGGCCGGAUGAUUUGAUCGUUUCGCGACUCGCAGACCCGAAGAAAUACCUUGGGGAACGUUAUCGUGUCGGCGACAGCCUGAUGUACGGAUCGGAAUGAAUAUUCAUUUAUCGAUCGCACUGGAACACCCAAGCGGGAUUAAAAUAGCUGAACUUGAUGAUAAAGAUCUUUCGUAAUUCCUUCUGAUGCGUGAAAGAUAUAUUCGGAUACUUCACACGGGUACGGAUUAAAUCCAUGUUACAGGCGAUAAGAUUAUCGAUAUUUUUUGCGCAAGAAUAGGUCGAAAGCUUGAUAUAAUUCGAUUUAUAAUUCAUUUAUUAAACACCACGAUAUUUGAUUAUUUUCCAGUUUUUAUUAUAUCUCCUAAGUCUACUUCGGCAAAUUGAUUUUGAUACAUUGACUAAUGUACUUUGCAACGAUUAUUAAGAAAUUUCAUUAUGUUUAAUAGUUUUCGACUGGGACUCGUUGCCAAAAAAUUUCUCUUAGUUUCAUUAUACACUAAAAAUUUAGAAGUCUUUUUAGCAUUAUUCGAUAAUGUGAUCGUGCUCGCCAGAGUCGACACGCGUUUCAUAUAAUAAAUUCAUAUAGAUGUAAUUUCUUUUCCUAUUUCACCUGAUUCUUACACAAAAAAAUGUUGCGAAUCUUGUGCUGCAUCCGAAUUUCACGGAAUUCAUCGGUAAUGAGCGAUCAACGAAACUUUCUCGCUAAAUAAGGAAUGAAGGAAAAGAGGAAUCAUUAAACGGAACGAAACCAAUGAGUCCAGCGCCGCGACCGGAAUACUCUCAAGAAGUGACUUUCGUAAUUUCAUUGUCAUUCCCGUUGACAAUAAGUGUUGUUUGUAAUUUUGUACGGGCGAUCUUUGCUUAACUCAGUCCUCGCGAAACCAAACGUAAACGGAAGAGACGAGAAGACAGCGAAAUUCGCGUGCACACACGUACACGGACAAAUACACACACCUACAAGCGAACGAACACGAACACUCUCACACACGUCGGACAAAGAAAAAAGUAAGUUCACGAACGUAGGUCUCCACGGUGUCGUACGGAAGGAUAAUUGAAUCUUGUAAGAAUUGUUUUUUUUCGGGGGAUAAAAUAGAGAAAAGGAGGGAGAAAGAAAGAGAGAAAGAGAGUGAGUGGACGGGGAGAGGACAGAAGAUCAAUGAUCGAUCCCCGUGUCUGUCAUUCGUUGACGAAAUAUUUCCGAAUUCUGCACAUACACUCCUUCACUUUUUCCAUAUGCGAUCGUGUUUUCACUUAUAAAGAGGGAUCGUCCUAUCCGACGAGUUCUGCGUGUUCUCUAUGCACGCGGGUGGAAAUAAUUCGUGCCGCUCGGGCUGUGAUACGGUCGGCACAAAAACGGCACGAAUUAUUUAGGCAACUCGCGUGUCUCACUACCCCAUUCGUAUUAACGGAAGAGAAAGCAUCGAGAGAUUGAAAAUCAAUUAAGUUUCGUCGAACGGAGCUCGUCGGGCACAGACGAUCGGAAUUAACUGCGUGUUGUAUAUAUUAAAUAUAUAUAUAUAUGAAAAUAAAUAUUAUGGUACGAGAUUGAAUAAUAGUAAUUGAAUAUAUUAUAUUCUGUGUCGGGGGCACUUGGCUUGCAAAACUCGUAAAUAU